AUGUCUGGUUUAAGCAGAAAAGAAGAACUUGAGUUGAAGAAGGCGAAGCUCGCGGCAUUACGUGAGGAAAGAUUACAAAGGGAAACCCCAAAGAAACGCGGAGACUUAACCCCAGAAAUUCAUUCCGUUCCAUCUGUUAAAACUGUUGACACUGAACAAAUCUUGGGUGACCUAGGUAUUGGAAUUGACUUGAAAGUUACGCCAAAUAGACUAGAUCCUGAUAUGAGGAAUUCGAACAGCUCAGUUUCGUUGGACUCGAGGCUGCCUCAGCACAAGGCACUUACGCUUACAAUAUCUGAAUUUAACGAAUGCUCCUUUGAUCCAGCAACUGGAGAGCAAUAUUCUAAGGAAACUCAGACUAUGGUUGAAAACAAAUGUGAGACUCCAUCAAUAGCUACUGAUACUUGGCCUGAAACGCCUUCAGGCGCGAAUGGAGCAAUUUCCAAAGCUCAUUUGAGUUUGGAAUGGGAUGAUCUAAUUCCUGUAGAUGAAGACGAUCCAUUAACAGAGCAGGAUAUUCCUCCUAUUCCAAGUAGUUUUGAUAUUGAAAAGCACGUUAGAAUUGAGGAUCUGAGUGCCACCAUAAAAUCAUCAGUCAAAGAAUUAAGUGAAGAAGACAAAGAGAACAUCCAAGCCUCUGAAAACUUCCAGGAAUUUUUAUUCCGGACUUCGGCACUUGUCGAAUGUGCUCUAGAUGAAGAUGAAAGAGAUAUAUUUUUCGAUUAUAGCGGAGCGGAUAAGGAAGACGAGCUCGCGAAAGCUCAACAAUUACUGAUUGAAAAUCGCGUAUUUUACGAUGAAGUGUGGACAGCGAAAAGAACAGUAACAGCUCUUGACUGGUCAGUCAGUCAUCCUGAAAUCGUAUUAGCUGCCUAUUCUGCAGUUCAGAAGGAUGAAAUGGCUUUGACACCUGUUGACCUCUAUGCGGCGGCUGCGACUACUGAUGGUGUCUGUCUUCUCUGGAACCUCAAAUCAAAAAAGUCUGACUCAGGUCCAGACUCGAUAUUUAUCUGUCAAGCUCCUGUUACCACAGCAAUACUCUCUGACUUUCAUCCGAAUCUCAUUAUCGGUGGAACAUAUGUCGGUCAGAUAGUCAUAUGGGAUACAAGAGUUAAUCGUCAGACUCCAAUCCAGAGAACUAGUCUGGCUGGAAAUAUAGGGCACUGGGAGCCAAUCACAGCUCUAGCGGUGACUGGUGACCACAAUGCCAAUAAUCUUGUCAGUGUUAGUACUGAUGGAAGAUUGUGCUCCUGGAGCUUGGAUAUGCUUGCCCAACCAACUCAAACCAUGGAACUCGUUUACAAGCAGGCAAAGGCUGUGACUCCCUCAUCUGUGGCGUUUGUCCGUGAUUUUGAUGAUGGCUUCCUGAUUGGCGCUCAAGAUGGAUAUGUUUACUCGGGCUCACGAACUGGAAAGUAA